GGCAGAAUCAAAUCUCCGCAUAUACCAACGGCGCAAAUCUAAUUGACCACUCUGCUAGCGAGUAAAAUUGAAUCGAUAUUAUGGCUAGCGUGGGAACCAUCGGCAACCAGUGGGGGCACAUUAGUGGGAAGCUCGAAGCGUUGUCAUCCCAAGGACAGGAUUCGCGGGAGCAGCUACAGCUUCUAAGAACGACCAAUGAAAAACUGGACGAACGAGUGAAGGAACUCAGCACCAGAAAGCUCCUCCUCCAGCAGUUACUCUCACGUUUGGAGGCAGAUGCGAGACGGAAGGCAGCUGAGAGUGAACUUCAAGCGGAAAAAACCAGUGGCACUCGGGAGCGACUACACAAAGCUUUGAGCCGCAAGCGGGAACUAGUUUUCGCAAAUACGUGGAUGAAGGCCGGUCUCACUUGCGCAUCCCUUCAUCAUAUCACGAAUCUGAGAAAGGGCGUUGAUGCUUUGAUGAUGGCGAUGGCCUCCAAAGACAAUUACCUCUGUGCCACUUUGGGUGGGUCUCUAGCGGAUCGUCAGCGAUCCACCACAGUCAUGAAAGAACUGAAAAAUGGAGAAAUGCUAAUGUCAAGCUGUCUAGCGGCUCUUGCGAAGGAGAAAAGCAUGAUGCCACCUGCGCGGUUGACUCUUGAGGAGAAACAUGCACUUCUCAAGGCGAUCGUGUCCGAUUCGGAUCUUCUGUCGAAUGAUGACAGGAGGCUCCUUCUGGCAUUCAGAAGAUGUGUCUUAUUGAAAGUGUACGCCCUUCACGGUGGAAUGACUGCACCGCACAGUGACGAAAAGGAUAUGCGAAGGCUAAUCGAACAAGUGACGCAACAUGCAAGGGCUGGUUUCCGAAAUGCCGUGGAGGCGGACGACCUGAAUUCUGAUACGAGGCCAACUCAACACUCCGUUUCAAAAGCCUGUGCUGAGCCAUAUCAGAGAAACGCACCCGCGGAUCCUCAGCGGCUCAGUUCCAAUGCAUCGGAACUCACGCGAUACGACAUCGCUGUCGCUGAGAGUUCCGACAUACACUGCGGGCCAAGAAACACGACACGCCUUGAAAACACAUCUUUGCUAUAACGCUGUUGUUGAACAUUCAGCACGCUUACGCAGACACCGAAACAAACAAGUUUUCCUCCGGAAACUCUCAUUUUUGAAUUUGAGUCUCUCAAGCAUGCACCGAAUAAGACCCCAAACCAAGGGAUAGCAGCUUCGACGAGUCUAUAACCGGUAUCUACCGUAGAGAGACGAACACACG